ACAAAUUCCGUGCAGUGUUGUGUUAAUUUUCAAGACAUUCCGAUCCCUCUUAUCUGUCUAAAUUGUGUUCGCAAUUAAGAAGUUAUUGCUAAAGAUGGACCGAUGGCUACAAAAGGAAAUUGAGCUGAAUCAGAAGCAUGAAGAAAUAUUAGUACGACGUGAGGCGUUAUUGAAGCAGACAGAGUUACGUCUUGGAGAUACUCAGGAGCUUAGUGCAUCGGUGGCUCAUCAUUGGGGCCAGGCUAAACAGAGGAACCAAGAACUAAUUCAGGAGAUAGUUCAGUGUCAGACAGAGGCACGCAUCCAGUCAGCGAGACCGUCAUCAUUUCAACUGACUGCACUUAAGGAGCGAUAUUGGGAGAUGGUGGAAAAAGAAACACCCAAGUGGAAGGAAGAGGUAAAGAAAGCCAAGAGAGAUAAGAUUAAUCCACCAAGUGCUAGGUGACAGAUUACCAACCAACUGACUACCAGCUAACUGGGUAGGAAGAGGUGAAGAAAGCCAAGAUAGAUAAGAAAAAUCCACCAAGUGCUAGGUGACAGAUUACCAACCAACUGACUACCAGCUAACUGGGUAGGAAGAGGUGAAGAAAGCCAAGAUAGAUAAGAAAAAUCCACCAAGUGCUAGGUGACAGAUUACCAACCAACUGACUACCAGCUAACUGGGUAGGAAGAGGUGAAGAAAGCCAAGAUAGAUAAGAAAAAUCCACCAAGUGCUAGGUGACAGAUUACCAACCAACUGACUACCAGCUAACCGGGUAGGAAGAGGUGAAGAAAGCCAAGAGAGAUAAGAGUAACCCACCAAGUGCAAGGUGACAGAUUACCAGCCAACUGACUACCAGCUAACUGGGAGGAAGGGCUGAAGAAAACCAACAGAGAUAAGAGUAAUCCACCAAGUGCAAGGUGACAGAUUACCAGCCAACUGACUACCAGCUAACUGGAAGGAAGAGGUGAAGAAAGCCAAGAGAUAAGAGUAAUCCACCAAGUGCUAGGUGACAGUUUACCAGCCAACUGACUACCAGCUAACCUUGUAGGAAGAGGUGAAGAAAGCCAAGAUAGGGUGCAUUCGUUUAGCUUCCCUGGGUCGACCCAGGGAAAUGCUAGUCUUAACAUUUCAACUUUGUGUAGUCUGUGAGUUUCUUAAUUGAACUCAAUGCAUCAUGAACUUCAGAUGUGAAGACGGAAUCAUUGCUUAGCACUGUUAGGCCUACUGUAGAGAUUUAGCUUCAAUCAUAAUUUGAAUGUUGACCACCUUGCUUUAAAAAAAAACUUUCACACUGCACGUGUUUCAAGGGAAUUCCUGGAAAAUUCCCCAGGAAAUUCCUGUCGUAAAGUUCCCUAAGACGUUAGGGGGGGGGGGGGUUCAAGUUUCCAAGGAAGUUUAGGGGUUUGAGUUCCCUGGGAUUUUCCUGGGGUUAUAUUUAUCAUGUUGAUUUGAUUUGAUUUGAAUUUAUUCAGAUAAAUGCAGCAAGAACAUACACAGCAGCGGAGGUUACACAAAGACAGGAGGUUAUUCAUUCAUUUUUGUAAUGCUGAAAAAGUCCUUUGCCAUUAAUCAGCAAAGGAGCAAGCAUAGUUACUCUGAUGCAAGUCUGAUGCAAAAAAAAAAAAAGAAUUAGAAGAAGUAAAGUCUGCCUUGAGCCAUGAUGUCUAUCUGGUUUUAUUGGCAUUAAAUGACUGAGAAUAUUUGUGUAUCUCAAAAUGUCCUGUGUGCAAACCUUCUAUUACAACUUAAAUCUAAAACAUAUCCACCAUAACUGUGCAAUUUGUUUGGUUGUGAUUUUACAGCACCUAAACUUAAACUUGCUCAACCUUGGACCGGCAGUCCAAUCUGGUUUAUCAAACCUUGAUGUCAGAGCUGCCCCUUAGUUUAGAGCUAACCUUAUUAAAAUCUAUUUUAAAAACAUUCCCUUUUGAAGAAACUAUGAAGUUAAUUUUGAUAACUCUAAUACUUCUCUUGCAUUCCAUAAUUUUUGUAUAUUGCAUAAAAUAUUUGUUUGUACACAAAUACCGUGUGUUCUUUUUGUAAAUUGAGUGAGGAAUAUAGAUUUCUGUAUAUUAAAAGAUCAUUAGAGAGAUUA